GGGCACCGAGUACUCCUAAUGUUUUGUAUUAGCUUCCGGAAUUGAAAUUUGCGGAUGCAGGUGAUAUGAGGCUAAUUCUAAAUACUUUUAGUUAGACUUAUCCCUACUGUUUGUGUAGGCUUUUCCGUAUGUAACCAUCAAAUGUAAAUACACACCGAGUAGGUGUAUGUGUAGAACCACAGCCUUUGAAGCAACACGAGCAACUAUUUCAGACUGAGAUGGCUAGGACUGACGUAUUUAUUUGUUUCACCUGCUGUGUUGGAGAGCAGCCACGAGUGCCUCGGAGGAAAAUAGACAGAAGUCAGAUAGGUCAGCCGAUGAACUUUCAGCAUGUUGGACAUGUUGGAUCGUCUGAUGUGUCACAACCAACCUCUCAGUUCUCGUCUGUUCAGUAUCAAAUGCAGACGAAAGGAGGUUAUCAGUUUGCAGUUCCUGUAAACAUACAAAUGAAAGUCAGGGAUGUACAGACGCAAAGGUAAUUGCAUCAUGAAGCCUACAUUGCGUUGGACAAGGUGGAUAGUUUACAGAUGAUGCUCCUUACAUUGUGGCUUGAUCACCAUCAACCCCCGAUUACAAAGUGAUGUAUGCUCUCCUAGAGAAAUGUAUAGUCAGCAUUGACACGUCAUGCAUGUGUCUGCUGUCCUUGCUAAGCCAUGGUCCAUAGUCCUGUGUUGAUGUCACUUGUUUCUGUGGUGCUUCGUAUGUGGACCAAUGGAAAAAGAAGAAAAGUCAGAUGUGAACAGGUGCUUUACGUGUUAUUUUUGCGGUGCAUGCAGGGAUGUCCAAUCACGUGCGUAAACUGUUGAUUGCUGCAAUUAGUUCCUCGUCUUCAUGAAUUUUGGCAAGAAUUCCUCUCUCUCUCUCUCUGUAUAGUCGACUCGUGAGUGGCGUAUAUUGCAGAGAGCUGGCGUCUCUGCAAUGUGAAUGUAUAAUCUACAGCUUCCUCCAUGCUCCACUCUCGUGGAAGGUGGUGCAACUUGCGAUCUUGAUACUUACAGAGUUAUCUUUUGAUUCCUGGUAUUUUGCUGAUUGAGAGGUUGCCUGCAAGCUAUUCUUCAUAGAUAUCUGCUCACCAGACCGGCCCUCAGAGCUGUAUUACCCUGCUGGUGCUUGUGUGCUUGUAGAAUUGAAGUCGAGUGAGGAAUUAUCUCUUAUUAAUGGGGUUAUUUAUUGAAAUUUUCUGAUAAAUAUUCGUUUAUACUUUGGAUUUAGCAAGGCAUGUGAAGUGAUUUAUUCUUGCUAUUGGUCUAUUACAUGAACAGGUAACUAUAGCAUAUCUUUGGGACUACUAUUCAAUUGAGGAAUUUGUAAACUGAAUAAGCAGACACUUUUAAAAAGCAAGACGGAGCAUUUGCAGAACUUCAGCUUAUAUGGAAUAUGGUCAUUAACUUGUAAUACGGUGAUCUAUAUUUUGUUAAUGAGAAGCCGAUUUUUAGGUUUCAUCUCCCAUACUGACACCUUGUUCGAAUAAUUGUGCUGGGUUGAUGUGGCGAUUACACGUGAACGUAGCUAAGCAAUGGUGAUGUGUACAGUUUAUCCAUUUGCUGCUGUUUUUUGUUAACUAGGAACGGUGACGCGGCUACAAUCCACGGUGGCGACCAAAACCACCUGGAAACCAAUUAUAAUUAUGUAAAUUGGUUGUCUUAUGACUAUUAGGUUUUAUACCUAAAGCUGCAUUCAUAAAUGCAUCACACUAAAAAAAACUGCCACUAACUGACUGCCUUACGCUUUGUGUGUUCAAUUACAAGUUUUCGCUUUGUAUUUUGGUACCUUGAGCAAAAUUAUGCAAAUUUUUUAUAACUUGGUGGUUUUCUUGAGGUUGGUUUUAUUAUGAAUGCAGGUUUAAGUAGGUCCGUUUUAUUUGUAUUAUUUAUUAAUUGUGGUUUUGAUGUUGAGCGUACAAGAAACGAGAGUGUGGUGAGUGACUGUGCUGAGAAUGGGAGGAUUUUGUGAUUGCAUUAAUGGUGCCGCUGCAUUUAGAUCAAGCCGUGACAUAUAGUAUUUCAGUACUUGACGCGUGUGAGCUGCUAGCAUCGCAUGGUCUACUAUCGACAAAAGCCCAGAAUGCUCGUUCAGAAACCUAAAUUUGAAAAUAGAAAUUUUGAUUAUAACUAAUGAAAAAAAUAAAUCUGUGUUCAAAUUAAUUA